AUGGCGGACAACUAUGAUGCAAUGCAUGAAUAUGAAUAUUCUGAUGAAGAUGAAGAAGAAAGUGAAGCAGAAGAUGAUGAGGAGGAAGAGGAAGAAGAAGAGGAAAGUGAAAAAGAACAAGAAGAAAAAACUCAAACAACAUCAGCAAAACCAACAACAGAAACAACAAAACCUGCAGCCAAAAAAUCUACAGAACAAAAAUCUUCUGCCCGUCGUGCUGCAAAGCCUGUUAAUGCUGCAGCAUCUACAAAAGCCAAAACACCUAAACCAGUUAAUGCAUCAAAGUCUGCCGCAAUUAAGAAACCAGACGUUCACUCUAACCAAGGAAUACAGCAAAUAUUAAAGAAACGCCCGCCAAAGAAAUAA